GUAGGCAUGAUAGCUUCAUGGUAGAUUCGCUCAGUCGGUUUUCAUGGUUGGGCUUAUGUCAGGCCACAUAGUGAUUAAAUAAUUUUCCGCGCUUUGUGUGCGUUAAGUUGUGGGUUUCUUCUUAAAAUGUUGGAGACUCGAUUUCGACCACAACUGCAAAAACAUUAGCUAACAAUACAGAUUAAUAUCUGUGUUUGUUGCUACCGGUUCAGCCAGGUUUGCCCCCAUGCUACCAGAGAUGGCUGAGAUGGACCACCAUGAAAACCAGAUACAGUACAGGUUAAUAGGUUUAACGCUGCUAGAGUUUCUAAUAACAUGGCAAAUGUAUGAUGUGACGAGCUGCUUCAUGCAAGUGACUGUCAUGUAAAGAAUGAAGUAGAUUAAUCCAAACUAAGGUUGUAUGUAUAACUCUCAUUGCUCUACUCUUACACCAAUGGGGACCUAAGAACCACCAUUGGAUUUCUUAAUUGAAACCUUGAUUUUACUGCUGAGAGAAACUGGAAGGUAAACGCUAAUUGCCAUGCGUAUCAGUUUCUGCCAGGGCCUGUUAACUGGCGCCAUUAUCCUCAACCUCCUCAUUCUUUACUAUGUGUCCCGGGCCCAGCAGCAAAUGAUGGAGAAGAGGAAGGAACUUGGUAGGGGUACAAGGAGGGCUGCCCUACCAGCCUCUGGUCUUGGGGGAGGCCUAGGAUUACUUGUAGGAGUUGGAGGGGAGCCUGGAGUGGUCGGAGUGGAGGGACACAGUCGUGGCCCACGCGUGACCGUUCUUCUGCGGGAGUUUGAGAACUUUGAGAAUUAUGUCGGGGAUGUGGCUAAUUCCUUCCUCCGUCAGAGACCUGAGCUUCCCUUCCUGGCUGUGGCUGACACGUCUCCAUACCCUCCCUUGGUGCUUCCAGAAGGGGCUCGGCUUCUAGUGCUCUCCCCCAGCCCGGACCAGCCUCCGCAGGCUCACAGGCCGGAGUUCCACGUCCAGACAGAGUUUGUUCUCCUGGUGCCUGAUGGGGUGGAGCUGGAGCAACCACGGGCUAUCGAGAGGCUGAUCAGGGAGUUGGAAGGUGAGGGAGGGGGGCCUGUGAGGCUGGUAGCUGCACCAGUGCUGGCUCGAUCUGCUGUGCAGUGUCUCCACCUGCGGGUGAACCUCAGAGAGUGGACAGCCACCUAUUCACCGGCUGCCUCUGGGAGCAGCGGGAGUGUGUGUACGGCUUUACAAGGAGAUGCAGUUGUCCUCAUUCGCACUGAGGAUCUUUUUAACCUCUCUGUCCCUCUGGGGCGGCCCCUCUUCUCCUCGCUCUUCGUUCAGACUGCCUUGAGAGGCUGGAAGGUCAAAUUGCUGGAGAGCCCCUGUUUCUCCGCAAACCACCGGCCCCUCUUCAGCUCCGCUCAUAACCAGUGGAAGGCAGACACUCGUCUGAAGGAGGCCACCGGGAAGCUUAUGAGGAGCUUUGGUCUGAAGCGCCUCCUGCUGCCUGAUGGGAAGGAACAAUGGUAUGGUUGCAGUAAAGAGACACCUCGCUGCUUUGGCACUGUGCAGGAUGACACUCCAGACUACCUUUAUCUGGAUCGCUGGACACCACCCUGCUGUCUGCGAGCACUCAGGGAAACCACCAAGUAUGUUAUCAAUAUCCUAGAGAGCUCAGGUGUGCGCUACUGGCUAGAAGGGGGCACUCUGCUGGGUGCUGUCCGCCAUCAAGACAUCAUCCCAUGGGAUUAUGAUGUGGACCUGGGCAUCUACCUGGAGGAUGUACCCAACUGUGAUCACUUGAAGAACCUGGACUCAGGCUCUCUUGUUGAUGCUAACGGCUACGUCUGGGAACGUGCAGUGGAGGGAGACUUCUACAGAGUGCAGUACAGCGAGGCCAACCACCUGCAUGUUGACCUGUGGCCAUUCUAUCCACGUAAUGGUGUCAUGACAAAGGAUACUUGGACGGAGCACAAACAAGACGUGGAGUUCCCAGAGCACUUCCUGCAACCGCUGGUGCCCAUGCCCUUUGCCGGCAUCACUGCUUACGGCCCCAAUAACCACAGAGCGUUCUUGGAGCUCAAGUUUGGAGAGGGGGUGAUUGAGAACCCCCAGUACCCCAACCCCUCAAAAAAGAGACUGGAGAGAAGCAAAUUAUGAGAGACGAUAGAGACUAUUUAGAAGCUAUUUUAUGUGGUACUGUAAUUGUUUACCAAACAACACGGGAAACAGUCUAAAACAUGAUACCUGGAAACUAAUAUGGUGCCAAAAGGACUACAUUUGCUGUUCAUUUUACCACAACUAUAUCAGUAGAAAACAGUAUAAUCACAUGUCUGGUCAAGAUUUCUCCCUAUUAUCAGUAUUUAGAUGUUAAGUCUAAUGUUGGACAGACUUUUCAUCCUUUGUGAGUGAGAGAUUUUGUUUGCAAAGGUCAUGAACGCUUGAAAAAUUUCAAUCCAUACCCUUGUGCAUUGACAUUAGGCAUACCUUAAAGAGGGACCGGUUUUACUACAUGGUGUGCUAAAUCUGUAUGUGUUGUACAAUAAAGUUUAAAUAUGAUUGCUGCAAAGGUGAUACAUAUUCUUUAGUUAUAAGUUUCAGUUUACAGUAUCUUAAGCAGGAUUUAAGGUAUUGUACAGAAUUAAUUGUGUUACAUAAGUGGCUUUGCCCUAACAGGUGUUUUAUAAAUCUCUGGACUGUGUUGCAUUGUUUUGCACUGAUUAUUAUUAUUAUUAUUAUUUUGCAGUUAAUGAAUGAAUGUUAUGUAUACUAAUACUAUUUAGUACCCGACAACUAUAGCGAGCAAAUCUGUGUGGUAAAAUGAAAUACGCUCCUUCAUCCUGUUGUUGGCAUAUGGUGCGGAUGAAAUGUUCCUCUAUCAGGCCUUAGUAUUCAGUUCAAAACAUAACACUAUGACUGAAUUUGUAAAUGAAUAUUAACCCUUCGCUGAAUUAUGUGUGUUACUACUGAGCACCCAUUAAGUGUUGACUGAAAUGGAAUUUCAACUCAGUAGAUUAUUCAAAGGAAACAUUUGGAAGGGUACCACAUGUUUACUGUAACGUUGUUACUUGUGUGUGUGGUGUAUCGAGGUGUAGCUCCAUUUCAUGUACUGGUAAAAUAAAAGGA